CACGUUACACAAGUAUGAACUCAACUAAGCCUCAGACUUAAAACAUCUUCCCCUACUUCCCUAUCAAAGUACCGACGCAGACCGUUGCGCAUAAAAUACUGACAUCAUAUUGUUAAUAAAGUGUACACAUCGUGUAUUACUUACUUUUGUUUAUAUGAUAAAUAAUGUUGAACACAAGAAAUGAAGAAUUAUAUUCAUUGAACAACUAAUUUAGCUCUAUCAAAUGGAAAUUUUAUAUCACUGUAUAGUCAAACAUGCAAACAGGAAGAAAAAUUAAGAAGACUUGAAUUAAAAGAUUUAGAACAAUAUUAUUAAAUCAAAGACACAUGAUGGGUGAUACAUUAGAUUUUUUGACAAAGUAUCAUAAUAUAUCUAAUAAAUUAAAAAAACGUUUCUUGAGAAAGCCAAAUGUUGCUGAAGCAAGCGAUCAGUUUGGACUCUUGGCUGCAGAAUGCGAACAAAAAGAAUUAUGGCAAUAUGCAGGUUUAUGUUUAUUAGCUGCAGCUAGGUGUCAAGGAACAUUAGAUAAUAUAUCUUUUGAAUUAAAUUUUUUAAUAAAAGCGGGUAGAGAAUUUCUUGUGGCUAACAAAAAAGACAAAGAUAUAGGAUGCUCUUCUAUAGGACAAGAAAAUACACAGGCUGCUAUAAGUUGCUUUGGUCAUGCUUUAGCACGCUGCCAGAGUCAAUCUGGAUUCAGUACCAUGUCUGCUGGAUUAGCUUUAGAAUUGGCAAUAGCUUUAGGUCCUACUCCAGCUGGUAUACAACAGUUGCGUAAAGCUAUUGAUAUUUUUCCAACAGUAAAAGCGAUUAGCACAUUGGUGUCUUACCACAUUAAGCAAGGGGAUUAUGUAUCUGCUCUACAGAUUCUUAAUGAGUUUGUUGAAUUCAUUGAGAUUUACAUUAAUACUGGAGCAAAAGGCAAUUACAGUGUCAUACUACAUAGAUGCGAAGUAACCAGAGUGCUAUUGCUGCUUAUACUUCAACCAUCACCACAAAGACUUGCACCUUCUUUAGCCCAAGUUUUGGAGAAGUAUGCAUGGAUAGAAGAAACAUCAAACAAUGAUCUGAAUAUGAGUGAAGAUGAAUUAUUACUGUUACAAUCUUUGGUAUUAGCAUCUCAAUCGCAUGAUUACCAAGCACUGCUAGAAUUGGAAGGAGAAUUAUGGCCCUAUCUGGAUGCAGAACAAAAGGAAUUAUUGCAUAAAUUAAUUCAAGUAUUAACAGCACAAUGAAUAAACAAUGUUCAACUCUACACAUAAGUAAUAAAAAAGGAAAAUAACUUUGUAAAUACUUUAAUAAACGCCCAUAGCGUUUUGUAUUCAUAGAAUUUUAUAUUUCUCUUUUAUUUCUGAAAUGAUCCUAAAAUAGAUUUCUUGGAUGAAAUGCUU